UUGAGGACGCGUUCAUUUUAACUCAUAAAUAUAUAACAUUCGUUUUCAUUAUAAUUCGAUGUUCAACUAAAUUAUUAUUAUCAAUUUUGUUUUUUUAGCCUCGUGAGUCCUUCUCUGUGUUUAUUGUCCAUAAUUUUUAUUUGCUCGCUUGGCAAUUCCCAUGUAGCUUGACACCUACACGGGAAUUAAAAAAAAAAAAGUCGAAGGAUUUUGUGCUUCAGCAGAAAUUUAUCUGUUUAUCCCCUGCCAGUUAGCUAGCAUAUUUAUACUUUGACUAGAUUAUCAUCCAAGUGCUAAACAUUCUACGUCGGAGCAAACGAUGUUCUGGUGAAUGACCGUACAAUGACAAGUAGGUAUCGUUUAGGUUUUUAGCUAGCCAGCCUGCUAGCUAUCUGGGAUUGCAGUAGGCUAAGAUACUGCCGAAUCGUGUCUGGUCGCUUUAGCAAGCAGGUAACUAGCAAGACAGCUUUCAUCUAAAUUAUUGAGGUUAUCGUGCCAUAAAUAUGGACUAUCAGCAUAGUGCAAACACAGUUGCUGAAACUCUUCUCGGCUACACAAAGGACGAGACUGGCUGGAAAGCUUGUAAGAAAACAAGUGAAGUAACUGUGUACUGGCGGCCAUCAACUGAAUUCCCUGGGAAUCUGUACAAGGGGGAAGGUGUUAUAAACGGAAGUCAGGAAAAGGUGUGGGAGUGUCUGAACCCGGUAGCGAACGGAUUCCGAGUGAAAUGGGACAACAAUGUGAAGAAAUUCGAGCUCAUUGAAAGGAUCAGUGAUGAUGUAUCGAUCUGCAGGACGGUUACGCCCUCGGCAGCUAUGGGUUUAAUAUCUCCUCGAGACUUUGUAGAUGUUGUUAUAGUUAAACAAUACGAAGAUGGCACCAUUGCAUCAAAUGCUAUCCACGUAGGUCACCCUGGCUGUCCUCCACAGGCUGGCUAUGUUCGGGGGUUUAACCAUCCCUGUGGCUGUUUCUGUGUCCCCAUUCCUUGGGACCCAUCCAAGACUCAGGUCCUGAGCUUCUUCCAGACCGACCUUGGGGGGUUCUUGCCUCGCUCUGUUGUUGACUCCUUCUUCCCAUCCAGCAUGGCAGAGUUCUACAGCAACCUUGCCAAAACCGUCAGAUCACUCAAGGACUUCUGAUGAAUACCUUCAAGAAUACAUGCAAGAAUGAAAUUUGACGUGAUUGGACUUUAUCCCUGUGCACUUGAUGCAAUUAGACUGCAUUGAGACUUCUAUCAAAAAUAAAUCCCUAAACCUCUAAUGAAGAUGCAGCCAAAGUGCACACACACACACAUAUACACAAAAGCACAAUCAGACUUUCCGUACUGCUAAAUUAUGGCGGAAUACUCAGUAAAUAUGUGGACCAUGAAAAAAUCACUGGGCUGUUUUAAACAGUAAUAUAUUUUAUGUAUAUUCUUUACUUUUUGAACAUUCUAAUUAUAUGUAGUGUAAUCAUUGUUAUUGUCAUAUGUUACUAUAUACAG